AGAGAGGCUCCUGAUCCCGGCUCCAGCCCUCCUCUCCUCCGGGUCUCUCCUCCGGAGCUCCUCCUGCGGUGAAGUGUGUGUGUGAGCUGUGCGGCUGCAGGAGCUCCGGGUUCUGUCGGUGGAACAUUAACCUGCAGAGAGCUUUGAGAGGAAACAGACGGAGGGACGGAGCUCCCGGUGCGAUCCCAGCGGCACAGAACGGCUCAGCCAUGGCUCAGAAACUAUGUGGGACCAACUAUCCCGUCAGCAUCUGCUUCAUCGUGGUGAACGAGUUCUGCGAACGCUUCUCCUACUAUGGAAUGAGAACGGUGCUGACGCUCUACUUCCUCACCUACCUCCACUGGGACAAGGAUCUGUCCACGGCCGUCUACCACGCCUUCAGCAGCCUCUGCUACUUCACCCCCAUCCUGGGAGCGCUCAUCGCUGACUCCUGGCUCGGGAAGUUCAAGACCAUCAUCUACCUGUCCAUCGUCUACGUCAUCGGUCAUGUGGUGAAGUCGGUCGGAGCCAUUCCCACGGUGGGAAACACCGACAUGCACAUCUCUCUCUCCAUGGUGGGUCUGAUACUCAUCGCCUUCGGCACCGGAGGAAUCAAACCCUGCGUGGCGGCUUUUGGUGGAGAUCAGUUUGACGAAGAGAAUGGCAGCGAGAGGCAGAAGUUCUUCUCCAUUUUCUACAUGUCCAUCAACGCCGGCAGCCUUCUGUCCACUGUGAUCACUCCGAUCCUGAGAGGAGACGUUCAGUGUUUCGGAGGCGACUGCUACGCUCUGGCCUUCGGGGUUCCUGCUGCUCUGAUGGUCGUAGCUUUAGUCGUGUUCACUGCUGGCAGCGGGUUGUACAAGAGGACUCCUCCUCAGGGAAACAUCCUGCUGGAAGUCUGCAACUGCAUCGGGUUUGCCAUCAAGAACCACUGGAUGAGAUCGAAGUACAGCUCCAAGAGGAAGCACUGGUUGGACUGGGCUGAGGAGAAGUACUCGAAGCGUCUGAUCCAGGAGAUUAAGAUGGUUCUGAGGGUUCUGUUGCUCUACAUCCCACUGCCGAUGUUCUGGGCUCUGUUUGAUCAGCAGGGUUCUCGCUGGACGCUUCAGGCCACCAGGAUGAACAUGGCUUUUGGAAACGCCUUCAUUAUCAAACCGGAUCAGAUGCAGAUGCUGAACGCUCUGCUGAUUCUCGUCUUCGUGCCCGUCUUUGACCUCAUCAUCUAUCCACUCGUUGGCCUCUGCAGAAUCAACAUCACGCCUCUGAGGAAAAUGGCCACAGGGAUGAUUUUUGCGGCGCUGGCCUUCGUCGCGGCCACGAUAGUGGAGGUGAACGUGGUGAAAACGGUGGUGGAUCCGGCGCCGGUGGGGAAGUGUCUGCUGCAGGUGUUUAAUCUGGCAGAAGGUAACGUCAGUCUGAAGAUCCCCGGCAGCGACGUGUUUUCAGAGCCGAUCCGCUACCUUCAGGACCCUUCAACAUAUGAGACGCUUCCAGCAUCCGGAGAGGAGCUGAAGAUUCAGGUCACCUUCAACGGGAUUCAGUCAGAGUGUAACUUCACAGCUGACCAGCAGGAGGCCUACAGUCUCAUCUUUUACUCCGACUCUACUGGAAUCCACUGCAAACAGGUUAAUGACUACAUAACGAAGAAUGAAGAUGGGAAUCCUCUCCUGAGGUUCCUCAACACUCAGCCUGUAGCCGGGAACCUAACUGUUGGAUCGGUGACCUUUGAGCUGUCCUCUGGUUUCAGCAUGUCUUCUAACCAGACCGUGGCCCGAGGACAAUAUCCAGAUGUGAGCUGCUGUUUACCUCCAGAUCGCUGCUCUAAUCUGGACCUGGGUCUUCUGGACUUUGGAGCUUCGUACACCGUCGUUCUCAUGGAGGAAUCGGGGAUCAUUGUGGCUCACAGGAUGGAGGACGUGAAGGCCAACAACGUUCACGUCGCCUGGCAGAUCCCCCAGUACGUCCUCAUCACCAUCGGAGAGGUCAUGUUCUCCAUCACGGGUCUGGAGUUCUCCUACUCACAGGCUCCGGCCAACAUGAAGUCGGUGCUUCAGGCCGGCUGGCUGCUCACGGUGGCGUUUGGGAACGUGAUAGUUCUGAUCGUGGCUGAGGGGGCGGGGCUAGAACAGUGGAUGGAGUUCCUGCUGUUCGCCGGCCUGCUGCUGGCCGUCUUCUUCAUCUUCUCCGUCAUGGCGUACUUCUACACCUACGUGGACCCGGAUGAGCUGGACCAGCAGUACCGCGAGGAAGACGAGGAGGACGAAGACGUGAGGAAGAAAGCCAACGACGUCCACCUGAAGAAAACGGGGAAGAUGACCAGACUGUAGACGCUGAUGUUUCCGUCUGCUCAGGAUGAAGCUCUGGACCACGUGGUUUUAUAUAUUAUGUGUAUUUUCUGAAUGAGACUGAAUAGAUGAACUAACGUGUUUUUAUAGUGUGAUUCAAACACACAGUGAUCAACAGUGUUAUUACAAAUGGAUGUCAAAUGUUUGCUUUAUAUGUUUGUUGCGUAUUACUACAUGUGAAAGUGUUUUUUAGUAUGAAGCUACAUAGUAAUCAUGACAUAUGAAGUAAAUUGUACUAA